AUGGCGUCCACGAGUUCAACGCCCACUGACCCUUCCUCGUCGCUACCCGAGGACUUGACUCCAGAAGAAGCAAAGAGAAUUGCAAGGCUCGAUAUUGAUCCGGAAUCCAUCACAUGGAAGAGAGUGAUGGAUGUUAAUGAUAGGUUCUUGAGGAAGAUCAAUAUUGGAGAAGGUCCCAACGAGAAAGGGAUGGUGGGAGAGACUGGGUUCGUUGGUUGCUAG